AUGAAGAGCAAAUCAACAAAGAUUUUUAAAGAGAUAAAAACAACUAAGAUUCUAUGGAACAAUUAUUAAAUUAAACUUAAGUCAUUAAAAGUCGUUUUGAUAGUAGAAAUGACUCAAAAAAAAUUGUACUCAAUCAUGGAAAAUUACUUUUUUAUAUAUUCUACUUUGCUUUAAUAAUAUGUUUACCUAUUUCACUAAUUAAAAAUCUAUUUAGUUUAAUUGGAGAAGAAUAUUAUGGAUAAGAUAGUGUUAAUGAUAUAAAUGUCAUUAACAUUUUUGUAAGGAUAUUUACAGAUAUUGAAAAUUUAUUUGAUUAUUUUUGCUUUUUAUUUGCAGCUCUAAUGA